AUGGAGGUGGAUGUUUGUGUUCCCGAUAGGUUUACAUAUAACAUCAUCAUCCAUGGAGUCUAUUGGUAUUGCAAUGCCAAAAGAGUAGACGAGGCAUUUGGGCCUCUUGAUAGAAUGAAGAAAAGGAAUGUUAAACCGAAUGAUGCGACAUAUAGAUUUCUUGUGAAUGGGGAAUUCCGUUCUGUGCCUGCUCACAAAGCACUUAAGUUGUUACCGAGAUGGGUGGAUAUGGAGCCCGAUUUGCCUAAAGUGGUUUAUGAUACUGGAUUGGAUCUUGAUGAAACUUGUCAGAUAUUUGAUUAUUUUCUUAACCAAGGUAUAAAGGUGGAUUUCAAUGCUAGUCUUGCGCUUGUUGAGGCUCUGUACAAGUCAGGAAGAGAAGAUGGCCUUUGCCAAGUAAAUCAGAUUAUCGAUGGUUUUGAUUGUUUCUCAGAAAUGAUAGAGUGGGGAGUCACUCCAAAUGCUAUUACAUACAAUGUUUUAAUACGCUCACUGUGCAUUGCUGGGGAUGUUUCUAAAGCAAUGAAACUAUUGAAAAAGAUGCAAGAUGAUGGAAUACAACCCGAUGUUUACUCCUUUAAUGAUCUAAUUCAAAGUUUUUGUAGAAUGAAUAAAGUUGAGAAGGCGCAAAGGCUUCUUACAGUUACAAGCAUGUUGUCACUGGAUUUGCAUCCUGAUAAUUUUAUUUACAUUGCUUUUAUCAAAGAUUUUUGCCGAUCUGGAAGACAUCAUGAAGCUAAGGAAUUGUUCCUCUCAAGGGAAGCGAAUGGGUGCAUCCCUGAUGCUUAUUUAUUUAACUCAUAUGUUGAUGCAUUGAUUAAGUCAGACAGAGUUAAAGAAGCCCAAAGUAUAUGGUUAAAAUACAAAGAUUAG